UGUGAAAAGGUUGUGUUUAUUUACAAAACUUCCGCUGGAAAAGUGAGAAUUUUGCGUUAAAUACGGUGAAUAAAGUGAUUCUAGGAGUUCAAUUCAGCUAUGGCGGAUGCUGCGGCUCGUCAGCUUCAGUAUGAGUAUAAAGCGAACUCCAAUCUUGUCCUACAAGCUGAUGUUCGACUCAUCGAGAGGCCCCGACGGGAUGAGGCUACUGGGGAGGUUGUAUCGCUCGUGGGGAAGCUCGAGGGUACACGGAUGGGUGAUCGGUAUCAGCGGACAAAACCCGAGAAGACAGAGGAGAGGAAGGCAAAGCGUCAGAAACGAGAUGAAGCUCAAUAUGAUUUUGAUCGCAUGAAGGGCGCCACACUUCUCUCGGAGGGCAUUGAUGAGAUGGUGGGUAUUGUCUAUCGACCAAAGACUCAGGACACGCGUCAAACCUACGAGGUUCUCCUGAGCUUCAUCCAGGAAUCCCUGGGCGAUCAACCACGAGACAUUCUCUGUGGUGCUGCUGAUGAGAUCCUGGCUGUGCUGAAGAAUGAGAAACUGAAAGAUCGUGAGAAGAGAAAGGACAUUGACUCACUCUUGGGCAAUGUGACAGAAGAGAGAUUCGCUCUCCUCGUGAAUUUGGGCAAGAAAAUCACUGAUUUCGGGUCAGAAGCUGCAAGUUCUCUAAAGGUUACGGGAGAGGAGCAGAUUGAUGAGACAUAUGGAAUAAAUGUGCAGUUCGAGGAGUCUGAGGAGGAGAGCGAUGAAGACAUCUACGGUGAGAUUCGCGAGGAAGAUGGACAGGAAGAGGGUGAAGAAGCCCGCAUUGAUAACACACUCCAUGCUGAGAAUCUAGGUGGAUCGGAAGAGUCUAAGAAGGAGAAAGCUCUGCAUCCGCUGGACAUUGACGCCUACUGGCUGCAGCGGUGUCUCAGUAAAUUCUACAAUGACGCCAUGGUGUCCCAAGCGAAGGCAUCGGAAGUCCUCAAGAUCCUCAAAGACUCCAACGAUGAUCGAGAUUGUGAGAAUCAAUUGGUCCUACUUCUUGGUUUUGAUUGCUUCGACUUCAUCAAGAAGCUGAAGAAGAAUCGCGAAAUGAUUCUCUACUGUACAAUGCUGGCGUCCAGUCAGAGUGAAUCUGAGAGGCAGAAAAUACGCGAACAGAUGCGCUCUAGUCCGCAUUUGGCCAAGAUUCUACGACAGUUAGACACGGGGAAGAAUAUUGAGGAUGAUGACGAUGGUCAUACAACACGAGCACAGAAAAAGUACAAGGAGGAACAGAUAAAGGGGGAGGAAGAGGGAGAUCAUUUGGGGAAGAAUCGCAAAGUUUUGGAAUUGGAGGAUCUUGUCUUUGCUGCUGGAUCGCAUUUUAUGGCUAACAAACGAUGUCAGCUGCCGGAUGGAUCAUUCCGGAAGCAGCGAAAGGGCUAUGAGGAGGUGCACGUGCCUGCCCUGAAGCCCAAACCUUUCGAUGAGGAUGAAGAACUCGUGGGAAUUGAAAAGCUUCCGAAGUACGUUCAGCCUGUUUUUGAUGGCUUCAAAACACUAAAUCGUAUCCAGAGUCGUCUGUGGAAGGCAGCCCUGGAGACAGAUGAGAAUAUGCUGCUGUGUGCCCCAACUGGAGCUGGUAAAACGAACGUGGCUCUCCUCACGAUGAUGCGUGAGAUUGGGAAGCACAUAAACGACGAUGGAUCCAUAAAUACAGACGAAUUCAAGAUCAUCUAUGUGGCCCCCAUGCGAUCACUUGUCCAGGAAAUGGUGGGUAAUUUCAGCAAGAGGCUGGGAUGCUACAAUCUCACCGUGUCCGAAUUGACGGGAGACCAUCAGCUGACACGAGAACAAAUAGCCGCCACGCAGGUAAUUGUGUGUACUCCUGAGAAAUGGGAUAUUAUCACACGCAAAGGGGGCGAGAAGACCUUCACGACGCUCGUGAGGCUCGUCAUUGUGGAUGAAAUUCAUCUGCUUCACGAUGAACGUGGUCCGGUGUUGGAAGCUCUCGUGGCACGGACAAUUCGUAACAUUGAGACAACGCAGGAGGAUAUUCGGCUCAUUGGAUUGUCGGCAACAUUGCCAAAUUAUCAGGAUGUUGCCACAUUCCUGCGCGUUCGCCCGGAAAAGGGGUUGUUCUACUUUGACAACAGCUUCCGUCCGGUGGCAUUGGAACAGCAGUACAUUGGUGUGACGGAGAAGAAGGCCCUCAAGAGGUUCCAGGUCAUGAAUGACAUUGUUUAUGAAAAGACAAUUGAACAUGCAGGACGCAAUCAAGUUCUCAUUUUUGUGCAUUCACGCAAGGAAACGGGGAAGACAGCACGUGCCAUCAGGGAUAUGUGCCUGGAGAAGGAUACCCUGGGGAGUUUCCUGCGUGAGGGUUCAGCUAGUAUGGAGGUGUUGCGAUCGGAAGCUGAGCAAGUGAAAAAUUCAGAAUUGAAGGAACUUCUGCCGUAUGGAUUUGCUAUUCAUCAUGCAGGAAUGACCAGGGUGGACAGGACACUUGUGGAGGAUUUGUUUGCAGAUCGGCACAUUCAGGUGCUCGUCUCUACAGCCACCCUGGCAUGGGGAGUUAACCUCCCAGCUCACACUGUCAUCAUCAAGGGGACACAGGUGUACAACCCUGAGAAAGGUCGAUGGACUGAAUUGGGUGCUCUGGAUGUCCUCCAGAUGCUGGGACGAGCUGGUCGUCCUCAGUACGAUACCAAAGGUGAAGGUAUCUUGAUUACAAAUCACAGUGAAUUGCAGUACUAUCUCUCCUUGCUGAAUCAACAGUUGCCCAUUGAAUCGCAAUUUGUUUCUAAAAUGCCCGAUAUGCUGAACGCGGAGAUUGUCCUUGGUACCGUUCAGAGUGUUAAAGAUGCAGUAAAUUGGCUAGGGUACACCUACCUCUACAUCCGAAUGCUGCGUCAACCAACAAUCUAUGGAAUUUCUCACGAUCAAAUCAAGGAAGAUCCCCUUUUGGAGAAUCACAGAGCGGAUUUAGUUCACACAGCUGCUCUCCAUCUCGAUCGCAGCGAAUUGAUCAAGUAUGAUCGCAAGACAGGAAACUUGCAGGUUACCGAGUUGGGAAGAAUUGCAUCCCACUACUACUGCACCCAUGAGACGAUCAUGACUUACAAUCAAUUGCUGAAGCCGACGUUGAGUGAGAUUGAACUGUUCAGGGCUUUCUCACUCUCAGGAGAAUUCAAAAAUAUCACAGUGAGGGAGGAAGAAAAGUUGGAGCUACAGAAGCUCAUGGAGAGAGUUCCGAUUCCCAUUAAGGAGAGCAUUGAGGAGCCAAGUGCAAAGGUGAAUGUUCUUCUCCAAGCUUACAUUUCACAAUUGAAGCUUGAAGGAUUCGCCCUCAUGUCUGACAUGGUGUACGUGACACAGUCUGCUUCGAGGCUCCUACGAGCAAUCUACGAGAUGGUUCUGUAUCGUGGAUGGGCUCAGCUAGCGGAGAAAUCACUCACGCUGUGCAAAAUGAUUGAUCGUCGUAUGUGGCAAUCCAUGUCACCACUCCGGCAAUUCCGAAAGAUGCCCGAGGAGAUUGUGAAGAAGAUUGAAAAGAAAAACUUCCCAUGGGAACGUUUGUAUGAUUUGGAGCCCAAUGAGAUCGGAGAGCUCGUGAGGGUGCCCAAAUUGGGCAAGACAAUCCACAAGUUUGUCCACCAAUUUCCCAAACUCGAUCUCUCAACGCACAUUCAACCCAUCAAUACAUCCACCCUACGCGUGGAGCUCAGCAUCACCCCCGAUUUCCAGUGGGAUGAAAAAGUACACGGACAGUCGGAAGCUUUCUGGAUUUUAGUUGAAGACGUGGAUUCGGAAGUGAUUCUGCAUCAUGAAUUCUUCCUUCUUAAAAUGAAAUAUUGCCAGGAUGAGCAUCUCAUUAAAUUCUUCGUUCCUGUCUUUGAGCCCUUGCCGCCGCAGUAUUUCCUGCGCAUUGUGUCAGACCGUUGGUUAGGAGCGGAAACGCAGCUUCCGGUCUCAUUUAGACAUCUAAUUCUACCCGAAAAGAAUCUACCGCCAACGGAAUUGUUGGACCUCCAACCACUCCCGAUCACAGCGCUGAGAAAUCCAAAAUAUGAAGCCUUCUACAAUGAACGCUUCCCACAAUUCAAUCCCAUUCAGACGCAGGUCUUCAAUGCGGUGUACAAUAGUGACGACAAUAUCUACAUUGGAGCCCCCACGGGAUCAGGAAAGACCACCAUUUCGGAAUUUGCCAUUUUCAGGCUUUUCUCCCAAAAUCCCGAAGGACGCUGCGUGUAUUUGGUGUCAAAGGAAGCUCAGGCGGAUUUGAUAUUCAGUGAAUGGCACACGCGAUUUGGCCAGCUGCUCGGGCAUAAGGUUGUCAAAAUGACCGGUGAAACGGGAACAGAUCUGAAACUCCUUGCCAAGGGUCAGAUUAUCAUAACAACCGCUGACAAGUGGGACGUCCUCUCACGACGUUGGAAGCAACGAAAGAACGUGCAGAACAUUCAGCUCUUCAUUGUGGAUGAACUGCAGCUUAUUGGUGGAGAGGAUGGACCUGUGCUGGAGGUUGUGUGCUCCAGAAUGCGCUAUAUAUCGUCGCAAAUCGAAAAACAAAUUCGCAUUGUGGCUCUCUCGUCAUCAAUUGCAAAUGCCAGAGAUAUUUCUCAAUGGCUAGGAUGCAAUACAAGCGUUACAUUCAGCUUCCAUCCAAGCGUACGUCCAGUACCGCUUGAACUGCACGUUCAGGGCUUCAAUAUUACGCAUCAUGCAUCGAGAAUUGCAGCCAUGUCCAAGCCAGUUUACAAUGCGAUUGUGAAGUAUAGUCCCCAUAAGCCGGUGAUUGUCUUUGUAUCAUCGAGGAAGCAAGCCAGGCUCACAUCAAUUGACAUUCUCACAUAUUGUGCAGCUGAAGCACAACCCAAUAGAUUCUUCCACGCUGAAGAGGAGGAUAUCAAACCAUUCCUCGAUCGUAUGUCAGACAAAACGCUGAAGGAGACACUCUCACAGGGAGUUGCCUACAUCCACGAAGGACUCACUCAGUCUGAUCAUAGACUCGUUGAGCAGCUCUUUGAUUCUGGAGCUGUUCAAAUUGCUGUCGUUACACGCGAAUUGGCGUGGGGAUUGAAUAUUUGCUCGCAUUUGGUCAUAAUUAUGGACACACAGUACUACAAUGGAAAGAAUCAUUCAUACGAAGACUAUCCGGUAACGGAUGUGAUGCAAAUGAUCGGCAGAGCCAAUCGUCCGCUGGAGGACAACGAUGCAAAAUGCGUGUUAAUGUGUCAGAAUUCAAAGAAAGAAUUCUUCAAGAAAUUCCUCAAUGAGAGCCUCCCCGUGGAGAGUCACCUUGACCAUCGACUUCACGAUCACUUCAAUGCUGAGAUCGUGACAAAGACAAUUGAGAAUAAGCAAGAUGCAGUGGAUUACCUCACGUGGACCUUCCUCUAUCGACGACUCACACAAAAUCCCAACUACUACAACCUCCAGGGUGUCACGCACAGGCACCUUUCGGAUCAUCUGUCUGAACUUGUGGAGAACACCCUGUCUGAUUUGGAGCAGUCAAAGUGCAUCAGCAUUGAAGAUGACAUGGAUACAUUGCCGCUCAAUUUGGGAAUGAUUUCCGCAUAUUACUACAUAAACUACACUACAAUUGAACUUUUCAGUUUGUCUCUCAAUAGUAAGACAAAAAUAAGGGGACUUUUGGAGAUUAUUUCCUCGGCAGCAGAGUACGAAGAUAUAGUUGUGCGGCACCAUGAGGAGAAUAUCUUGAGGAGUUUGGCACAGCGCUUACCGAAUAAACUAGUGGGCCCGAAUGGCACCAGUCCAAAAUACAAUGAUCCACAUAUAAAGACAAACCUCCUCCUUCAGGCGCACCUUUGCCGAUUCCAACUGGGCCCUGAAUUGCAGGGUGAUACUGAGUUGAUUUUGGGGAAGUCAAUUCGUCUCAUUCAGGCAUGUGUGGAUGUUCUCAGUUCCAAUGGAUGGCUUUCUCCAGCCGUGGCUGCCAUGGAGUUGGCUCAGAUGGUGACUCAGGGCAUGUGGAGUAAAGAUUCGUACUUGAAACAAUUGCCACACUUCAAUGGUGACAUCAUAAAGAGAUGCACCGAUAAGAAUAUUGAGACAGUAUUUGACAUUAUGGAACUAGAGGAUGAUGAUCGAAGCCGUUUGCUUCAGUUGACGGAUGCUCAAAUGGCAGAUGUUGCGAGAUUCUGCAAUCGCUAUCCAAAUAUUGAGCUGAACUUUGAGGUCCUCAGCAAGGAUCGCAUUAAUUCGGGGUCAACGGUCAAUGUGGUGGUACAGUUGGAGCGAGAAGAUGAAGUCACUGGCCCGGUUAUUGCUCCCUUCUUUCCACAGAAACGUGAAGAAGGAUGGUGGGUUGUUAUUGGUGAUCCCCGAUCAAAUUCCCUUCUCUCCAUCAAACGACUCACGCUGCAACAGAAGGCAAAGGUGAAAUUGGACUUUGUGGCACCGAGUCCUGGCCAGCACGAAUAUACGUUAUACUUCAUGAGUGAUUCCUACCUUGGAUGCGAUCAGGAAUACAAAUUUUCAAUCAACGUGGGAGAUUUUCAAUCAGAUAGUGGUUCAGACUCCGAUUAAAUACUUUGCGCCUGUGACACGCUACGUGGACGAUUACCAAGGAAGAUUAGAUUGUGUUCCACAUGCAAACUUCGAAAGUGUCUCCGGAGUAUGAAAGAAAAAGGUACAUUUACAUUAUUUUAGUGGACUAAAUAAAUAUUUGCCAGCAUUUCUGUAGAAUUUGUUUGAGAAAAUCAAAUUUACUUUGCAAAAAUAUUGUAUAAUACCCUGCCGAAAUUCGUGUGGGAGAUAAAGCAAUGUGAGAAAGUC